AUGCCGCAAGCUGAGGUCGUCAUUGACCCGCUCGAGCUUGGCGACAUCACCGACUAUUCGGGCACUACCCCACUUGGACCCAACGAGUUGGUCCCGAUCCUCCGCGCUCGCUUCCUCGAAGGGAUACCGUACACCGCCAUCUCACCCCGCGUGUUGGUAGCCGUCAACCCACACCAGCAUAUUCAUGCCAACUCGGAUGCGACAUUGCUCGACUGGGCCGCCGAGUAUGCCGACUGUGGAUCUGAAGGGGUCAGGGGGCGACUCGGACCACACAUUUGGGCUCUGAGUGGCAGGGCGUACUACCACAUGCGACGGACAGGUCAGGAUCAGGUCGUCAUACUCAGGUCAGUGUCGUAUAGCCUCUUCUCGUCUUGUCACCACGACCAGAUACCCUCGCUCGCAUGGACCCUCUCGGGGAGGGGUAUGUGCUCGGCCCUGUCCGUCUGGAACAUUUGCUGAUGCUGUCCGACGCUUGCGUUCCUCUCGAAACAGUGGAGAGACCGGAUCGGGCAAGACGGAGAUGGCCCGACUCAUGAUCAAGUCAUUCAUCGACCUUUCGCUGCCACCGGUCGGAAAGAAAGGGUCGAAACUCGCUACAUCGAUCCCCUCGGCCUUUUUCAUCCUCGAUUCGUUCGGUCAUGCCUCGGCAAUCCACAACACCAACGCAUCUCGAUUUGGACGAUAUACAGAGUUGCAGUUCUCGGAAAAAGGUCGAGUCAUUGGUCUCAAGGGUCUGGAGUACUACCUCGAAAAGUCUCGUGUCACCUCUCCCGUCGUUGGCGAGCGGAAUUUUCACGCCUUCUACUAUCUCCUUUCCGGUGCCCGGCCAGAGGAGCGAGCCCACCUCAAGCUCGACGAGGCGACCUCUUUCAAGUACCUAUCACAUAAUCGCAUUUCGACGUCGGGUUCAUCGGCGGAUGCCACUCGCUUCAACCAGCUCAAGGAUGCCUUCAAGGCCGUCGGUUUCCCCAAAAAGGCCGUCGCUUCGGUCCUGCAGAUCCUCGCGGCCAUUCUUCACCUCGGCAACAUUGAAUUCCACCUCGACAAGAACCGGAAUGCGGACUCUGCGGUUGUCAAGAACGUGCGCAUGCUCGAGACGGCAGCCGAGUUCUUGGGUGUCGAAGCGUCCGAGCUCGAGUUUGCUCUGACAAACAAGGCGACGAUGGUCAGUGGCGAGCGAUGUGCCAUCUUUCUCGACGCCGACGGAGCAGCCUCGAAUCGAGAUGAUCUUGCACAAUCGCUGUACUCGCUCUUGUUCAGCUGGAUCAGUGAAUUCCUCAACGAGAAGCUGUGCCGCGACGACUUUUCCACCUUCAUCUCGCUCGUCGAUCUCCCCGGACCUGUGCAGUCCUCAUCGGCGGCUCACCGCGAAGGUGCCGGUCUCGAUGCAUUCACGUUCAACUUGGCUGCGGAGCGUAUGUACAGCUUCACGAUGGAGCAGCUUUUCGAAGGUCAAAAGGCGGAAUAUGUCGCAGAAGGCCUCGAACAGAGCUUGCCAGGCCUCAGGACAGCUUAUCGCUCAAACUCAGAGACGACCCGACUGUUGACGACGCACCCGGGUGGACUGGUCCACAUCAUUGAUGACCAGAGCCGAAGGCGGGGUAAGACAGAAGCGACGAUGUUGAGCGCCAUGUCAAAGCGCUGGGGAAAGCACGCUGGCUUCGAGGUCAAGGAGAGCAAUGCUGCGGCGGGUCGAGCUGGCUCAUUCACCGUCGCCCACUGGGAUGGACCAGUCACAUACUCGGCCGAGAAUCUGCUCGGCGACAACUCGGCUGGCGUCUCUCCAAACUUUGUCACGCUCCUCGCUGGAUCGCAACCCAAGAUUGGUGUUCACGGGCGAACCACACCGAGCACUCGUGACCAGCUCUCGACAGGUGGCUCGACAUUCUCCUUUGUUCGACAACUCUUCACGAGUGGUGCUCUCGAAACGGUCGCCCACCCUCGGAAUGAGAACACGAUCGUUGAGGUCACCCAGAAAGUCACUCCACGGCGUGCACCCUCGACCCGACGACCAAGAGGACGUGUCAAUCCUUUCGCCGAUCCCAGCGUCGAGGUCGAUGAGGUCGAUGCCGCUGCCGCCACAACAAAGACCGAGUUCAAGCCGAGCGCAGGCCGCUCGAUCGUUCGCGACGUUAAAGAUUCGCUGUCGCUCUUGCUGACCACCAUCGCCUCGACCAAGUCAUGGCACGUCUAUUGCCUGCGGCCCAACGAUGCCCAACUGCCGAACCAGGUUGAUGCCCGUCUGCUCAAACACCAGGUUCGAGCGUUGGGACUGGCGGAACUUGCGCAAAGGUUACGAGGGGAAUGGCUCGUCAACUUGGAGAUCAAGGAAUGGUGGGAUCGCUACUCUGGGACGCCGGCACUCAUGCAAGCGAAACAGGUGCUCGCUCCAUUGAUGUACCGUGACAAGGCAGUCAAGGCGCGCGAGAUCUUGGGCUUUUCUCACAGCGACAUGGCCAUUGGCGAGACCAAGGUGUUCCUCAACGAUGGUGCAUUCCGGUACCUUGAGGACUUUACUCGGGCGACCGAUCCGGAGGAACAGGCGCGCAAUCGCGAGAAGCUUGAUCGGGAUGCCUCGCAAGUGCCCGUCGACACCUUUUCACCGUACCUCAUGGCCGAUGCUGCCCAUCACGCCAGUAUUGGUAAUUUUGGGCCAUACGAUUCGGACGCUGCAUUGCCGCUCGUGCAUCCGGGUGGAUUGGGUUACUACGCCGAAUCGGAUCUUGACUACGAUCCCAAGGGUUACUUUGACGAAGGCGAUGGGCGGGCAAGCGCGUGGGACGACGAUCGCUCGAUGGACCCCUCUUCGGGUUUCACGAACGGCAACGCCUUGUUUGAAGGCAAGAACGCUCUCGAUACCGAGGAACGAGAUGGAGAGCACCACGAGACGGUCGAAGAGGUUCGCACGAGCGCGAGCCGCAAGCGCUGGAUUGCCUUGACUUGGAUGUUCACCUGGUGGAUCCCGUCGUUCUGCCUGUCGCGAGUCGGUGGGAUGAAACGCCGCGAUGUGCGCAUGGCAUGGCGCGAGAAGCUGUUGAUCAACAUGAUCAUCUGGUUCAUUUGCGGCUGCGCCAUCUUUGUCAUCGUUGUGCUCGGCAACCUGAUUUGUCCGAGGGAGUACGUGUUUUCGACGGGUGAGCUAUCGUCGCAAUCCUAUUCGAACGAUCCGGACAACAUGCUCGUCGCAAUCCGAGGCGAGGUCUUUGACUUGACGAGCUUCGCGCCUAAGCAUCAACCUGGAACGAGCGUCAUUCCGAUCCGGUCGAUUCAGAAGUACGGUGGGACGGAUGCGACGAGCAUCUUCCCCGUGCAGGUCAGUGCAUUGUGCAACGGCGUCACGGGCACGGUUAGCCCCUGGGUCACGCUCAGCUCGACGAAUCAGACGAGCAAUACGGUGGCCCAGUAUCACGACUUCCGUGCCUCGACAACCGACUCCAGGCCGGAUUGGUAUACCGAGAGUGAGUGAUCUGUGGGUCAGUGGUAGGAUCUUCAGCGGUCGAGAGCUAACCCCAGCGUGGACCCAUUCUCUGCAGCCAUGAUUUACCUGCGAUAUAAUUUCCGCAAGGGCUUUAAGGGGUACACGCCUAAGAUGCUCAAGUCCCAGGCCAGCUCGGGCAAUAACAUUGCGGUCAUCGACGGCAUGGUCUACGACUUGACGACCUAUGUCACCAAUGGUGGCGGAGGCGUCUCGGUUCCAACGGGUCAAGUCGCACCGAACAAUAUCGAUCGCGCGUUCAUGUCUGGACAGGUCGUGGAGCUGUUUACGACCAACGCCGGCACCGACAUCACCACGCUCAUCAACCGACUCAACCUCGACGCCACGGUACUGGCUCGCCAAAAGAUCUGCUUGCGCAACCUCUUCCUCGUUGGCAAAGUCGACAACCGUCAAUCGGUGCAGUGCAAAUUUUCAGAGUACAUCCUCAUCGCCCUUUCAUGCUUCAUGGUCGCCAUUAUCGGGUUCAAAUUCCUCGCGGCCUUGCAGUUCGGUCGCGCGCGCAAGCCCGAGAACUAUGACAAGUUUGUCAUCUGUCAAGUACCAUGCUACACCGAGGGCGAGGACUCGCUACGAGCGUGCAUCGACUCGUUGACCAAGCUCAAGUACGACGACAAGCGCAAGCUGCUGUGCAUCAUCUGCGAUGGCAUGAUCGUCGGCUCGGGCAACGAUCGCUCCACGCCACAGAUCGUGCUUGACAUCCUCGGCGCUGACCCUUUGAUCGAUCCGGAACCCCUGAGUUUCAAGUCGAUCGGAGAGGGAGCGAAACAACACAACAUGGCCAAGGUCUAUUCGGGCUUGUACGAAGCCUCCGGACAUAUCGUUCCUUACGUAGUCCUUGUCAAGGUCGGCAAACCAACCGAACGAUCUCGUCCCGGUAAUCGAGGCAAGCGUGAUUCGCAGAUGAUGCUCAUGCGGUUCUUGAAUCGUGUUCAUUUCGACGCGCCGAUGGCGCCUGCAGAGCUUGAACUCUACCAUCAGAUCAAGAACGUCAUUGGUGUGAACCCAUCCUUUUACGAGGUACGUUACCCAGACUUUUCCCCAAAAUCUGCGCCUCAUACUGAGCAGGUUUAUAUUUCGAACGGCAGUAUCUUCUCAUGGUUGACGCCGACACGGUCGUUGAGCCUUACUCGCUCAAUCAUCUCGUGGGUGCAUUCGUCGAGGACAAGAAGGUUAUUGGGCUGUGUGGCGAGACCUCGCUGAGCAAUGCCAAAGCUUCGUGGACAACGAUGAUGCAAGGUCGGCGGAACUCAAUCUCACCGCCCAUGCGCUAGGAUUAAAGUUGCUGACGAUAGCGAUACUCUUGCAGUUUACGAAUAUUUCAUCUCUCAUCACAUGGCCAAGGCGUUUGAGAGCUUGUUCGGCACCGUCACCUGCCUACCCGGAUGGUGAGUUGAAGCUGUCGACGCAUCUACGAAUCGUCCUAAUGCCCGAGUUGUCCGUCCAGUUUCUCGGUUUACCGCAUCCGCUCCGUCGAACACAAGCCCUUGAUCAUCGCCGACAACGUUGUGACCGAGUACGGUGAAAACAAGGUCGAGACGUUGCACGUCAAGAACUUGCUCUCGCUAGGAGAAGAUCGUUACCUGACGACGGUCAUGCUCAAGAGCUUCCCGGCCUUCAAGAUGAAGUUUUGCCGCGAAGCACACGCCCAAACGAUCGCACCGGAUGAUUGGAAGGUGCUCAUGUCGCAGCGUCGUCGUUGGAUCAACUCGACCGUGCACAACUUGAGCGAACUGAUGUUCAUUGACAAGUUGUGCGGUUUCUGUUGCUUCUCGAUGAGGUUCAUCGUCUUUAUCGAUCUACUGUCGACCAUCAUCGCACCCGUCACCGUCGCCUAUAUCGUGUACCUCAUCUACUCCGUCGCGGGUGAACACAAGGUCAUACCGACGUUCGCCUUGAUCAUGCUAGCAGCCAUCUACGGUUGUCAAGCUGUGAUCUACAUCCUUCAUCGCAAAUUCGAGCAUAUUGGUGAGUCAACGGUCUACUCUAGCAAGCGCAUAGUCAAUGCAGCUGAUCGAGUAAGGAACCGCUUUCAUAGUUUGGAUGAUCAUCUACAUCAUCGCGAUCCCGUUCUUCUCGUUCCUGUUGCCGAUCGUCAGUUUCUGGCAGAUGGACGAUUUCUCUUGGGGUUCGACGCGCGAGAUCGUAGGUGAGAAGGGCAAGCGACUCAUUGUUCAUGUGAGCUUUUUUUUUCUGGAUUCCACUUUCGGAUUGGCAGCUGAUUUGUGACUGCGUGGGGAUUUUAGGAUGAGGGCGUGUUCGAUCCCGCUUCGAUCCCGCUCAAAACGUGGCAAGACUUUGAGAACGAAUUGUGGGAGCAGGUGAGCUUAGCUUUCGGGCACCAUUCUUGAAAUCCAUUCGGCUGACCAAGCACCUACCUCAUUUUCCAGGGCUCCAACGAAUCGAUCGGCGAGAUGAUCGCCAAGCGCGAAGAAGCCGCCUACGAUGGCGAAAACCGAGGUCAAAGCCAAGUUUACGGCCACAGUGGAGGUGGCGGAGGAGGAGAAUACUACGAAUCGAACCCCUUCCUCGGCUCCGGAUCCCAGCUCGGUGGAUCGCAAGCCCCUCCCGCCUUCUCAAGUCGCGGAUCAUUGUUGGACGCUAUGACGGGGGCGUCGCCUUAUGUCGGAGCGACGACGACGGGGAUGGGAGCGAGGCAAAUGAGUGGGUUCCCUUUGGACGCGAUGUCGGAAGGUCCCGGCGGGUUCGCGGGGUCGACUAGGGGGGUUGGGUUGCCGUCUGAUGAGAGGAUUGUUGCUGAUACGCAAGUUAGUGAGUUGGAAGAGCCCCUGGGAGUGGUGCUCGGCAGCUUUGCUUUGACACUGACCCCUGUUGUCUCUCGCCUCUGCGCAGUCCUCGCCUCGGCCGAUCUCUCGACGUUGACCAAGAAGGGGGUCCGACAAGAAUUGGAAAAGCUCUACGGUUGCGACCUCGGUGCUCGUAAAGCUUUGGUCAACCAGACCAUCAGCGAGGGGCUCGGUCUUCUCUGA